AUGGAUCCGGUGUCUAUAAGCACUACCGCCGUCCCUUUCGACGAUGCCCCAUCACGCCUCCACUCUAGUGCGGAUUCCGAAAGUUCGUUGUAUCUCUCCGGUCUCGGUGACAAUUUCUGUGACGGCUCAGCUCUAUUCUCAGUCCUGAGCUCCUACGAAGAUCACAUGGAAGAAAUUUCCGAGAAAAGGGAUACGACGCAACUAACGGAGAUCCUCACCUCUCAAACUUUGCGCACGAAACCUUCGAGAAACAAGAUGCUGGGCAUCCCGAGUCCUCUUCCUCACUCGAGAAGUAGAUGGCAUCCUUCUGAGGCGAGCAGAGGAAUUGAACCUCUGCCGUCAGAGAUUGCCAAGGUUGUUCUGAAGGAAUGGGACGCGAGAAAUUGGCAUCAGUCGUCUGACGCUCUGACUUCGUGGCUCAAUUCACGUUGGAGGAAGACGGGUUAUCAGGUUUCUCCGCAAACGGUGUGCUGGACACUCAAAGCAGCCGGAAGGGAUGCACAGAUGGGUCUUGGAGAUCCAGAAGACGGCGCCUUCCUCAGAGGUCCAUCGUCUGAGGACUUGCUCUCCAGACCACAAUCACGGAUGCGGAGGUGA